AUGGGUAAUGUUGCUGACGUAAUGUUGCACCUACAUGAGAUGUUUGGUAUGAACACUACAUCUGCUAAGGUGAAAGCAAUCAAUGCUUUUAAGGACAUUAAACAGAAACGUAGGGAGCCAGUUAGAGAUUACAUGUUGAAAGUGAUCUCUUGUCUCAAUGAGGCAAAACUAAAUGGUGCUGAGGUAGAUGCGGAAACGCAAAUAUCAAUGAUGGUUCAUAACUUGAAUUCGUCAUUUUCACAGUUCAAAUUGGAUUAUGAACUGCACACUAGAGAUUACACCCUAAGUGGGCUAAUGAAUGAUCUUCAAAAUGUGGAGGAGGUUCUUGAUUUGAAAAAGAAACCUGAAGCACAUGCAAUUUCCACUUCUAAGGCCAAACCCAAGGGUAAAAAGAAGAUAGUUGGAAAUAAAAAGAUUUCUAAGGGCUUAGUGGGAGCAAAGAAAAGCCCAUGA